AUGAACGUCAUCAUCAAGUCCAACGUUCUCUUAGUGACGACCUCAUCGCUGGUUGCCCAGCACGGAGGGCCCGAUGGCGCGCUCGCGUCCAUGAUACUUAGCAAGUUCGGCUACAUUCAAGAGCUCGAUAUCUACAUGCGUAACGGCCGCCCGCAUAUCACCAUGAUCCGACUCAUCGCUAGUCCGGAGCACGGCUUUAGCGUGCGGCACCUCAUGACGUUCAAGUCGCCAUGCGACGUUUUCGACCCUUACAACGGAAAUACCUUUCGGGAGGACGUCUGGCGUAUCCAGUACAACAUCAUGGCUAUCGUACGGCUGCGUCAGGAAGGCGAGUCGUCGGAUGCGGUCAGGAGGUUCCGUAUGGAUGGGAAGGAGCUUCGCCCUCGCCACACGGACAACGCUGCGUUCAGUAACACGGAGUGGGACAUUUGCGACGACGGAAAGCCUCGCGAGUACAUUAUUUUCUACUGCUUCCAAGCUGCAAUGGAGAGAUUGGUGGGCCGCGCAGAGGCACGGGAUAAGGAGCGCGCGAUGAUGCAGGAUCGCGACAAGGCCAGGCAGAGGGAAGAAUUGGACGGUGCCCAGGGCGUCGCGAGAUGGAGGUCCUUACCCCCACCAAGGGCCAACGAGCGCAACCUCGAGAGGUGCAGGGGGGAUGUCGACCAAGAGACGCUGGAGGGCGGUCGGCACACACCGGUGACAGCGCCCAAGAAGCUCGCCCCGGCCAACGAUAAACCAGCGCAGGCGCCCCAACAGCAGACGUCAAAGUCAGCAGCGGGCGUUUUGGCACCUAGUGUCUCGACGCGCCCGGCACAGGAAGACCGCCAUGAUACGGCCACGGCGACCACGAGCAUGUCUGGGCCCGGCCGCAAUGUCGUGACCCCAGGCCUCACGCGCCAACCCCCAAGGGGCUCAAGAUACCAGGCCACGGGCAGCAACGCGAUCCCGCUGCCUCAUGGCAAGGAAAAAUGUCCAUGGCUCCAUUCCGACGCGAGGGCCAAAGGUCUACAAGAGUGGAGGAGGGUAGUGGCCUUGGCGUUGGAGCGAAGUAGUGAGGAGGACAAGGCACACAUUUGA